GUAAAGACGUGCCUUGUUUUUAACUCCUAUGUUUUCAUUUACAAAGACGAGCCAAAAAAUGUACGGAUUUAUAUUGUGUUUGUUCAUACGGUUAAUCCUUUUCAAUGCGGUAUUUGAGUGUCAAGGAACUGUACUGCGCCAAAGACAAUUUUUUACACUGCACCAGUGGUCUCACGGUAUUAACAUGACCUUUCCAACUGUAAUGGAUAGAGAAGUUGCUGUUAAUAAUGCUUAUUAUGAUGUUAAUCGCAUACAAUUGCCGGUGGAUAUUGAUGUGGAGUAUAAAGAUAAUAAUAAACAUCGAAUCUUUCUCACAAUACCACGAUUAAAUUUCGGUGUACCCUACUCAUUGGCCACAAUAACACCGGAAGAUCACAAUGUAACAAACAAUCCAAGAGUGACAGCAUAUCCCAGCUAUGAAUGGCAUAGAAGUCACGGAUUAAAUUGCACUUCCAUAACAUCGGCUCUAAGGACUUAUGUCGAUGAAUGUCACAGAUUAUGGAUUAUAGAUUCGGGACAAAUUAAUUCUCUACAAUGGUGUGCUCCUCAACUCCUAGUUUUUGAUCUUAAGACAGACGAAUUAAUACAUGGUUUUAAACUACCUAGUAAUAAUUAUAAAGCCGGUAUUUCGGUUUACACCGAUAUGAUAGCUGAUGUUAAGUCAGCAGAAGAAUGUCUAGAUACUAUAGUGUAUAUAUCUGAUGCUUGGGGUCAUGGUUUAAUUGUCUACAACAUGUUGAAACAAAAAUCCUGGCGCAUAGAACAUGAGCUCAUGAAACCAGACAAAACUUUCCGAAAUAAUGCUCAUGAUGGUAUAUUUACUGUCAGCUUAAGUCCAAAAAAUAAUCAAAUGCAAGAACGUUAUUUAUAUUUCCAUUCAUUAAAUAGUUUCAAUGAAAUUCGUAUUGCUUUAAAAUAUGUUAAUAACGAAUCAUUAUGGUAUUAUCCCAAGGGCUAUACUUUGAUCGAUAAAUAUUUUACCACCUUGGGCUCUCGAGGCCUGCAAUGUGAGUCGGAAAUUAUGGAUAGUAAUGGCAAUUUAUAUUGCAGCAUUAUAGGUUCAAGUGCUUUAAUCCGUUGGAAAGAGGGCAGAAAUUAUACGGCAGAUGAUUUAAAUGUGGUGGCGUAUGGACCACAACAAUGGCGUUUUGUUACGGGUCUUAAGUUAAGCGAAAAUCAACAAAAGGAACAGGAGUUGUGGGCUUUAAGCACAGAGCCAAAGCUGUUUGUCGGCAACACUGUACAGCAGGAUCUAAUAAUGUAUCAAAUUAUGGGCUGUCGUGUGCGAAAUCUUUUACGUUCAGAACUUUGUACAAUUGGCAUAAAUGAUGCAAAUUAAUAUUUAAGAUAAAAUGGAUUUUAAAUUGUAAAUAUUAUUAAAUUGUACUAUAUAAUUAAAAAAAAUCAUUUACAUUCUUAAGUAACACAUA